GCGAUAUUGCGAUGCACCAGCUACUCACUGCACACACUAGCAAAGAGAGAGGAUGAGAAGCUUCUGUUCAUGCUAUGAUGGCGUCAGAAGUGAAACCUGUCUUUGAGGAGAACACUGCACUAGGAUUCCUGUAUAGGCUGAUGAAUGGGGCGUUUCAGGACAGAGACUCCAAAGAUUCCGUUUUCUCCAAGGCUAAUGAUUGUAAGGACAACUUCAGCAUAACUCCGCCCCAUCACGCAAAAGACAAACCGCCCCUGCCGACUCUUAGAAAGGUUUCAGUGAUACUGGAGGACUGCAGGAAUUUACUGGGAGACCGUUUCAGACAAUGUGAAAGAGAGGAGAGUGGAUUUGAGGCUUCAAUUCCUCUUGGAGGAAUUGUAUGCUGACUACACCGGCCAUGCCGGCGUGUCAUCGUGCGCGUGUCAUCAUGCACAUGUUGAUUUUGUCUGUCCCCAUCAGACAUGAUCAUGACUAGAGGUCGACCGAUCAUGAUUUUUCAACGCCGAUACAGAUUAUUGGAGGACCAAAAAAAGCCGGUGCCUAUUAAUUGGCAGAUUGUUUUUAUAUGUAUAUUUGUAAUAAUGAUAAUUACAACAAUACUGAAUGAACAAUUAACACUUUUUUAUUUUAACUUAAUAUAAUACAUCAAUAAAAUCAAUUUAGUCUCAAAUAAAUAAUGAAACAUGUUCAAUUUGGUUUAAAUAAUGCAAAAACAGAAGAAAGUAAGUGCAAUAUGUGCCAUGUAAAAACAGCUAACGUUUUAGUUUCUUGCCCAGAACAUGAGAACAUAUGAAAGCUGGUGGUUCCUUUUAACAUGAGUCUUCAAUAUUCCCAGGUAAGAAGUUUUAGGUUGUAGUUAUAAUAGGACUAAUUUUGUUAUAUAUAGUUUUUAACCUUUAUUUAACUAGGCAAGUCAGUUAAGAACAAAUUCUUAUUUUCAAUGACGGCCUAUGUUACCCAACUAAUUCUGAUUCAUCCGCCCCAACCGUUCCCUCUAUACCAUUUGUAUUUCAUAUUCCUUUGACUAUUGGAUGUUCUAAUAGGUACUUUAGUAUUGCCAGUCUAAUCUCGGGAGUUGAUAGGCUUGAAGUCAUAAACAGCUCAAUGCUUGAAGCAUUGCGAAGAGCUGCUGGCAAACGCAGUAAAGUGCUGUUUGAAUGAAUGCUUAUGAGCCUGGUGCUGCCUACCACCGCUCAGUCAGACUGCUAUAUCAAAUCAUAGACUUAAUUAUAAUAUAAUAACACGCAGAAAUGUGCCUUAUUUUCCGGAUUUGACCAUAUCAAUGACUUAUCAUUUCAGUGAAAUACGGAACCGUAUUACCACAUGAGGAGAGAGACAAACUUCACACACCAGUCAGUUAUACUUAAACUACAUCUGCAUUAGCACUUGACUUUCAAUGAUUUGCCAUUUCUAAUGAACCGUUGAGUGUCAACACAAUGGCUACUGAGAUCUUUUAUAGCAAAGAUCCACACCCCUUUGACACGACAAACCACAGAUAUUUAGGAACUGUUCACAAAGAAAGACUUUUACUUGAGAGAGGAGUAUCCUAUAGCCAGAUAGCAUUCAAUAUACAUUAUCAUUCAUUUUGGUCCCUAAGAUGAGGUUCUAAUCUCGUUCCUGGUACUUCAUAGUACAAAAACACCAACUAAUCCAAUGUAUAUAUCAAUUGUCAACUUUAGAGUCUCAAGUAAACCCCCUCUUGACCCCACUCCUGGACAAGCUCACUGAGGGGAGUGACUUGCGCACAGACAUUGUGGAGACAAGUAAUUGGUUCCGCAUUAAUCACGCCUUCCCUUCACAUUGUUUAAGAAUAGGUAAAGACACAUUCACAUAUGAAGACAAUGUCCCAUUCUGUCCUCUUCCCUUUCUGAUAUUCUGCAUAGCACCAGGGACAUGUGAAAGACAAGCCUGACCUCUCCCCUCUCUGGGCCCCAAGUGACUGAGCCCUAGCUGAGGGAAAAGUCCAACUGCCAACACUAGAGUCCAAAGGGAUACAUUCUAAUGACAAGUAUCUCACAUAAGCAUAUUAUGCAACUAAAACAUCUUAAUUAUCUAUGUUACCCAACUCAUUAUGAUUAAUCCGCCCCAACAGUUCUGUGGCAUCCAUAAGUCUAAAUAUUGCUGUUACAUUGCACAACCUUCACUGUUAUGCCAUAAUUACGUAAAAUUCUGGCAAAUUAGUUCCCAACAAGCCAGGCGGCCUAAACUGCGUAUACCCUGCCUCUACGUGCAAUGAACACAAGAGAAGUGACACAAUUUCCCUAGUUUAAUAUUGCCUGCUAACCUGAAUUUCUUUUAACUAAAUAUGUAGGUUUAAAAGUAUUGAUUUUAAGAAAGGCAUUGAUGUUUAUGGUUAGGUACAUUCGUGCAACGAUUGUGCUUUUUUCGCAAAUGCGCUUUUGUUAAAUCAUCGCCCGUUUGGCGAAGAUGGCUGUGUUUGUUAGGAAGAAAUGGUCUUCACACAGUUCGCAACGAGCCAGGCGGCUCAAACUGCUGCAUAUACCCUGACUCUGUUGCAUAGAAUGCAAGAGAAGUGACACAAUUUCCCUAGUUAAAAGAAAUGAAUGUUAGCCGGCAAUAUUAACUAAAUAUGCAGGUUUAAAAAUAUACACUUGUGUAUUGAUUUUAAGAAAGACGUUGAUGUUUAUGGUUAGUUAGGUACAUUGGUGCAACGACAGUGCUUUUUUUUCGCGAAUGCGCUUGUUAAAUCACCCGAUUGGCGAAGUACGCUGUGAUUCAAUGAUAAAUUAACAGACACCGCAACGCAGGACAUGCUAGAUAAACUAGUAAAAUUAUCAACAAUGUGUAGUUAACUAGUGAUAAUGUUAAGAUUGAUUGUUUUUUAUAAGAUACGUUUAAUGCUUGCUAGCACCUUACCUUGGCUCCUUGCUGCACUCACAUAACAGGUAGUCAGUCUGUCACGCAGUCUCCUCGUGGAGUGCAAUGCCAUGAUUGGUGUCCAUAAAUGCCGAUUACCGAUUGUUAUGAAAACUUGAAAUCGGCCCUAAUUAAUCGGCCAUUCCGAUUAAUCAGUCGAGCUCUAAUCAUGACAUGCAAGUUAAAUUACCAAAAUCAAUUGUGAAUCAAAUAUAUUAAUUUAGGGGCAGUUCCUCCACUCUGAUAAUUAAUCCACAGAUAAAAAGGCAAACCUAGUUUUUAGUUAGUUAAACCCAUGUGGGUUUGUAUCUUCCUGAUAUCCAGUAAGGAGGGGACUUGUGGUGCAUCUCCAAUAGAACCAAGCUAUGGCUAUGAAGAUGCUCGUUAAUGCAUGUGAGCAGUGUGUGUAAAAUGAUUUGAUGUAUGUGCACAUUUAUUUAGCAACUCUGUCACUCAACGUGGACUGUGUGAUGUGCGUGUUAGGCUAGAUGCAGCUAUACACAAAAUAUAUGCUCAACCAGGGCUGUAGCUACACAUGAGGAAACCGAUGUCCGGACCUCAGUCAUUUUUCAGAAUAAAACAUCUAAUGCAUAGUUUUGGGGGAACUGUUGGGGUCUCAACUUACUGUUGAUAGUUAGAAUAGUAGAAUACACAAAGUGCAAUUUUGAAACUUGGUUGUGCAUCAGCAGUUUUCCUCUUGUUAUGUCGCUCACUGACAGUCACUCAAUUAGUCCAUGUCUGUUAACAUUUUUUAAAAGCUAUCUUACCUUGUUGUAAUCAUGGCCUAAUUACUGGCUGGGCACUGACCUCCAAGGGGGCCCCACAUUUGAUUUUGUUAGUCACUCUCACUAAGAUAUCAUAUUAACAUGGCAUAAGUCAUGGCAAAAUGUGUAGAAUUUCAGGAAAAUAGCUGUAAAGCAAACUUAUUUGUUCACAUUUUUCUGGUAACAGAAAGCAUUUUAGAGUUUUUAAAUUGUAUAUAAAUGCAGUAAAUGAGCUUUAACUUAAAUAUCUAUAUUUGGACCUCACUAAAACUCAGACCCUGGCUACGGCCCUGUGAUCAACAUGUUCGUACAAGCUUUGGUGUCUGUUACAGGAAUUUAAUUCCUCCAUGUUUUAACACCCAAUUAAAAUCAAACACUGUCAAUUCAUAA